AGCCUCAAAGAAGAAGUGGGAGGCAUCAGUACUGUCAUGUAAUCAUAACACAUGACCAAGGUUACCCCACAAAUGCUGGAGAAAAGUAUGAAUUUCACUUGACAAAAACAGACUGUCAACUUAUCACGGUCGCGAUGAGAGUCCCGUGUUUCUUGUCCACCGUUGCCCGAAGCUUACCGAGUCCCGCCGCCGGUCAGCUGUGCUGCCGGCUGCUGGGCCCCAGCUCCAUCACAAGAAGAAAUAUGUCCUCCAAAAGGCAAAUGGACCAUCUAGAGAGAACAGCAAACAACUCCAGACAAAAUGCUCUGUAUCCAGCUCAAGUAUGUGGCAUUACAGACGAGUCAGAGACGGUAAAACGUUUGAGAAUAGCUGUCCAUCCAGACUUCAGCUUCAAAGCAGGACAGUGGGUGGAUUUCUUCAUCCCCGGCGUGGAGAAGGUGGGAGGUUUCUCCAUGUGCUCUAGCCCGGGUUUACUGCAGAGGGAAGGCGUCAUUGAACUGGCUGUCAAAUACACCAAACACCCUCCAGCACACUGGAUCCACACCAUGUGUAAACUGGGCUCCCAGGUGGCCAUGCGUGUCGGCGGGGACUUCUUCUUCAACCCGUUACCCUCUGACCCCUCUGUGGAUUUGCUCCUGGUGGGUGGUGGUGUAGGGAUCAACCCCUUGUACUCCAUCCUGUUGCACACCAAGGAUCUGCUGCAACUCAAACACGCCACUGGUGGGCGGGACUACAACAUAGGCUCUGCCCACCUCUGCUACAGCGCCAAGAACACCCAGGAACUGCUUUUUAAGAGCUCAAUCAUCGAGGCGUGUCAGGAGUUCCCCGACAAGCUCUCCUGUGACCUCCACGUCACGCAACAGAGCACAGAUGUCGACUCGCACCUCCAGCCAUUCAUCAACCACGGGAGAAUCACAGAGGAGGAGUUACGGGCUCAUGUGGACCCGCAAAGGACUUUGUGUUUCCUGUGUGGGCCCCCGCCCAUGAUCGAAGCGUUUUCAAAAACCCUCACGGACCUCGGCCUCCCAAAGGACAGAAUCCUCUUUGAGAAGUGGUGGUAGAACCCCUUACCAUUCAGGGUUGUCUUCCUCACUUGUGCUCCUUUUUUGCCGUCUUCAGAGGAGGAUAUAUCGGAGUGUGGUGAGAAUGGAAGACAACUGAAAUAUUCCAGUUUUAUGAACAUUAAUAUGGGUGCUCCAGGACAUUCACCCUCCGAUCCCUGCUACUGCAACCUAUGCCUGAUCUGUAAUAGACCGCUGGGACCGCCCACUCUUCAACAAGCAGUUGACUCACAACAAUAGAGAAGAGUUUUAUUUCUUAGAUUCUAAAAACCAGGGCACAGCAGACUGUAAAACAUCUACUUUACCAAGACAUUUUUCAGCUCACUGCUUUAAUGAAUAUUGCAACAAAUCUGCAGCUGUGUGAUUGACACAUCUUGACACAGCUGUUACACAUCUUCAUACCUGAUCUCAUUUCCAGCCUUCUGCUUAAACCAAGUGAUGUUUAGUCUUACCAUACAUUUCCAGCUAAAUGAUGAAGGCACGAUGAGUAGGAUUUGUCUCAGUGUAUAGACUCAUGUAAAAAUAACCCUCUCAAUCAUCACUUAUGACCCACUACAAGUUCGUUAUUGUGUCUGUAUCUGCAGAGACCCUGCCCUCUGCCUGCAUUUCUCCCUCUCUCUAUUUUUUUCAUUUUGCUGUGUUCGGGACAUUUCAGGGUGUGGCAUGGAUGACUCUGUAAUCAGUCUUGUCUGAGUCGGAAGCUUUGCUAAAUUCUUUGGUCUAUACUCAAAUGCUAUGCUGAUUAACUAGCUAGACUGAAAAAGCUAAACACGCUGGCUAAUUAGACAUUUUUGAGCUUGGGUCUACUUUAAAUGUUGAGUUUACUCAUCGUAACAGCCAAAUCCUAGUCAUUGUACCUUUUUAAAGGCAUGAAUUCAUCCAUGCAUGUGUUGAGGCAAUAAUUUGACAUUUCAGAAAUACAUUCUUGCCAUGUGUUUGAUUAGUAUAUCAAUACCUGUUUGCUUAAUAUGAAGCUACAGUGGGGAUGUUAAUAAUUAACUUUUAACGCUAAUCAUUUUGACCAAUUAAUACUACUAGUUAAAACUGUUGUUUUAAAAGUGCCUUAGUAAUGGAGAGCUUAAAAUGCAGCACAAGUCCAUGGCUGUUUGGACACUGAAAAUAACCCCAAGCUUUAACUCUCCUAGUGGGGACAACUGGGACUCAGUUGCCUGUUUCUCUGUCAAAGUAUAAUGAUCAGUUAACAAAGGUCGGCUAUCAGUCAGAAUUUAAAAUCCAAAUUGGCAUCCCUAGUCAGCAGGUAGUUAGCUUAGCAUAAAGACUGGACAGACGAGGAAGGAGCUAGCCUGGUUUUUGCCAAAGGCAACAAAAUCUACCAACCAUUACCUUUAAAGCUGUGUGUGUGAAGCACUGUGAAACUAUGGCUUGUUGUUUUUGUACAGGUGAAAUGGCUACCUUUUGGCAGAUUUUGUAAACUUUGAACAGCACUAACUAGCUAGCUGUUUCCUCCUCUGUCCAGUCUUUAUGCACUGCUAAGUAGCUUUUGGCUUUAACUUCAUAUUUGAGAUUGGUAUUAAUCUUAUCUAACUCUGGCAAUAAAACUGAAUAUGUGCAAUUCCCAAAAUGUCAAACUAUUGUUGCAAAUUCUCUAGAUAUGUGUCAGUGCAAACAAGCUGAAUCUAUACUGUUAUUUUACACUGUACAUAAGUGUUUGAAUAUUUUCUAUUAAUAUACCUCUGAUAAUUUAAUCAUGUGUUUUUAGAAGUGUUACACUAUAUGUAUAUACAACUUAGAACUAUUUAUUUGCAGAACAGAAGAUUUUGUUUUCCUGAUGAGUUUGACUGAGUUACAUUGGAGAGAUUGUUUUUCACAUUUUAUUCACAUGCAAACUUCACACAUGUAUUUUUAGAGUAAACAACCUAACAGUCUCCCACAUAUUGGCCAGUGUCCCUGCCUCAGUCACACACAGUUACAUGCAUACACAAUGCCUAACUCACAUCCACUUUUACACAAUUACACACAUGCACAUACCCAUAAACGAUCCUCGUCCCUGGGUGGAGUGAGUAUCCCAUGGUGCACUGUAAUGGAACCUCCAGGUGGUCUCUGAUUGGCUUGGAUCACUGAACAUCCCUCGGAGAUGGUUGGGAGCUUCUUCUUGUCGUCUCCCAGUGGGGGUUACGCUGUUGAGACUCAUUUUCGAGUUGUUUUUGCGUUUCUUCCUCAUAUGAGGAAAACAGUUUAUGCUGGUAACGUGAAACUUCAAGGAAAUAAAAGAAAAUUGAG